AUGAAACAUGCAAACGCUAUUAAUGUACGAUUCAAAAGUAGUCCGGCUGAUCAUGUUAGAAAUUUAUUGCCACAACAUGUUGAUCAUCGUAAUUCGGAAACAUUUGGUUCUCUGGAUUUGGAAAAAUUGAUACGUCGAGCAUCACAAGAUUUAGAUAAUUUAGAUAGAAAACGAGAAAAAGAAUUUAAAGAAUAUGAGUUACAAAAAGAAUAUGAACGACGACAAAAAUUAGCUGUAUGUAAAGAAUAUUACAGCAAAAAUAAUGGAUCCGCAUACAGAAUAGGUAGUGCAGAUCAAAUGGAAGAAGUAUGGGAAGAUGUUGAUCAUCUUGAACCUGAACAAUUUAAUGCCAAAACAUUUUUUAGUUUACAUGAUACGAAUACUGAUGGAUUUUUAGACGAGGAUGAGAUUGAAGCAUUAAUGCUGAAAGAGGCCGAGAAAAUCCACAAUAAUACGACUGAUGGUGAUCCAGUUGAAAAACAAGAAGAACUAGAUCGAAUGAGAGAACACGUCAUGAAAGAGUUUGAUAAAAAUAGUGAUCGCAUGCUUUCCUAUGAAGAAUUUAUGACCGGUAUGAAUGGUACUGGUGCUAAAAAUGAUCAAGGAUGGGACUCGAUUGAAGAUAAACCUGUUUAUUCAGAUCAAGAAUUUCAACAGUUUUCGGAACAUAUGAUAGAUCAGGCAACGAUAAUCAAACAUCCGAUUGAUAUUGAAUAUAUUCCAUUUCAGGCUUUACCUUUACCUUUGCAUCAGCAACAACCCAAGGUACCAGAACAAAUACUCUCACAACAACAGCAACCACCCGUUCAUAUCGAGCGACAGAAAGAACAACAAAAUUCUAUAGAAAACAGUACCCUACUGCUAACGAAUAAUCAAGGACAUCCUGGGCAACGAAAUCAAAAUAUUCCGUUAUAA